AUGUCAUCCAAAGAAUUCAGCAAUACCUCGACGGGAGAUGCACCAGCCGAUCCAUACACAGCCAAGAACAAAGACGAUCCGUCUCUGGAGGAAAAGAUUGAGACCCUUAUUAGCUUCGUUUCGUCUUGCAAGUUUGGCAUGAUGACAACUCACAAUGCGUCCUCCAACCUUCUGGUUAGCAGAUGCAUGGCUGUUGCUGCCAAGGAGGGUGGCGGCAUUGACUUGCUCUUCCACACCAACACCGAAUCCGGCAAAACAGACGAUCUAAAAGAUGACCCUUCCAUCAACAUCUCCUUUCUCAACGCCACCGGCGAAUGGGCUUCUAUCUCAGGCUCAUCAAGCAUCCUGACCGAUCGUGAGACGGUCAAGAAAUACUAUAGUCCACAGCUCAGAACUUGGGUCGGCGAUCUCGGCGAUGGCAAGCAUGACGGUGGUCCCGAUGAUCCACGAAUUGGAGUGAUCAAGGUCGAGGCAAAGACAAUCACAUACGCAGUAGCAAGAGGCAAUGCUGUGUCUAGAGGUGUGGAGAUGGUGCAAGGGGCAUUGACAGGUUCAGCAGCACAAGUCAAUAAGCUUAGAGAGAUCAGUGAGGAUGAGUGCAAGCAGUGGAGGGCUAGUCAUCAAUGA